AUGGGGACAAUGAAGGAGUUUGAUUGGGAGGGGGAGCGAGUGUUGGUCGUUCAGCAAAAUGGAGUCUUCUAUGCCAUUGGAGGGAAGUGCACUCAUUAUGGUGGACCUUUGGGCAAAGGAGUGUACAGCAAUGGGAAAAUUCGUUGCCCUUGGCAUGGAGCUUGCUUCAAUGUUACAACUGGUGAUAUUGAAGACUUUCCUGGUUUAGAUCAUCUUCCAUGCCUUAAAGCACAUGUUCAACAUGGCAAGGUAAUAAUUGAGGGACAGCCUGAGCAAUUAUCUGUAGGGAAGAGAACAUUUCCUCCUGGGCCUGGUGUGUAUGUGGAGGGCGAGCAUCAGACCUUCAUCAUUAUUGGGGCAGGAGCUGCAGGUUUGACUUGUGCUCAGACAUUGAGGAACCAACUGGGCUUCACUGGCCGCUUAAUCCUUUUGAGUAAAGAACACCAUCUACCUUAUGAUCGGCCAAAGAUAUCCAAGAGCCUUGGUAUUGAAGAAGCUCAGGCAAUUCUUAGAGACCGUAAAUUUUUCAAGGAUUGUGGCAUUGAAUGGUUACCUGAGAAGGAGGUGAAGAGCAUUAACACGACCAGCCGGACUAUCAUCUUCCAAAGUGGGAGUCCACUUCCUUUUACAAAGUGUCUCAUAGCUUCCGGAGCUCGGGCUCGCAAGAUGGAUGGUACUCCAGGUUUUGAUUUGCCUGGCAUUUUCAGCUUGCGAUCCCUGGAUGAUGGGAAAGAAGUAUCUCAGCAAGUCCUGGACAAGAAAGUAGUGGUUGUUGGAGCAUCUUUCAUAGGUAUGGAGGUAGCUGCAGCUAUCACUGGAAAGGCUGCCAAGGUCACUGUUGUUGUCUCUGGGAAGGUCCCAUUUGAGCGCAUUCUUGGUCAGCAGAUUGGGGCUCGCAUCAUGAGGAUUUUUGAAGCUAAAGGUGUGGAGUUUGUUUUGGGAGUGGAUGUCAAAGAAUUUCAAAGCUUUGAGGACACGGGGUCUCUUGGCUCGGUGGUCCUUAACAAUGGUCAUGCUUUGGAGGCCCAGGUUGCCAUCCUUGGCGUUGGGGUAGAACCUGAGACUGGUUUCCUCUCCCAGCCUGGACUCAAUCUGAAUGAAAGAGGCUAUCUGAUUGUGAACAAGUGGAUGGAAACCAAUGUAGAUGGUAUUUUUGGGGCUGGAGAUGUGGUAUCCUUCCCACUGUGGCUACACCAUAAGGGAAAUGUAAGCAUUGGGCACUGGCAGCUUGCUCAAGCUAUGGGACGUUGUGCUGCCUUCAACAUGAUGGGAUCCAGGCAAGAAUUGCGAACUGUCCCUUUCUUUUGGUCUGUGCUCUUCGAUGAAAAACUCAGAUAUGCAGGUUAUGCAGGUGACUUCGAUGAUAUCGUGAUCAAAGGAAACCUAGAGGACUUGAAGUUCCGUGCAUAUUAUGCUCAAGGUGAGAGGAUACUGGCCAUUGCUACAAUGAACAGUGAUCCCUUGGCUGCCAAGUUUGCAGCUGCUUUGGAGGAGGGACCAGAGGAAGAGCAAGAAGGAGAAAGCCAGCCUAUCCAGGCAGAUAAGAGGAAAAGGUUGUUCUCUAAGGAAUUGCGAUGCAUGCUGUAUGGCUUUGGUGAUGAUCAGAACCCUUACACAGAAACUGUUGACUUCUUGGAAGACCUUGUCAUCCAGUACAUCACUGAAAUGACCCACAAAGCAAUGGAAGUUGGCAAAUCAGGGCGUGUUCAAGUGGAAGAUAUCAUCUAUAUGGUGCGUAAAGACGCUCGCAAGUAUGCCCGAGUUCGAGAUCUUCUUAACAUGAAUGAAGAGCUGAAGAAAGCCCGAAAGGCUUUUGAUGAAGUGAAGUAUGCAAGUGUCUGA